AUAGGCUUCCGCAGAAAGCCGAGGAAAAGGAAGAGAAAAGACGCACACCGAAGAAAAAACAAAGACUUCAUCUUCAUCAUCUCCUGCUUCUUCUUCUCAGCAAGAAACUAGUUUGAUUCAGCCAUGGCUAAUGCAGCGUCAGGAAUGGCAGUCCACGAUGACUGCAAGCUUAAGUUUCUUGAAUUGAAGGCCAAGAGGACAUACCGUUUCAUUGUCUACAAGAUUGAGGAGCAGCAGAAGCAAGUGGUUGUUGAGAAACUCGGCGAGCCUGGUCAAUCCCAUGAUGACUUUGCUGCUAGUCUUCCUGCUGAUGAAUGCCGAUACGCCAUUUUCGAUUUUGAUUUCGUCACUGCUGAGAAUUGCCAAAAGAGCAAGAUCUUCUUCGUUGCAUGGUCUCCGGACACGGCAAGAGUGAGAAGCAAGAUGAUCUACGCGAGCUCUAAGGACAGGUUCAAGAGAGAGCUAGACGGGAUUCAAGUAGAGCUUCAAGCAACCGACCCAACCGAGAUGGAUCUCGACGUUUUCAAAAGCCGAGCCAAUUGAGCAACGGUUAAAUCGAACUUCUUUCAUCUACUAUUGCUGUGACGGCACCAUCCCAAAACAGCUUCAUUUUUAUCUGUCUUUAUUUUAUUUUUGGUCCUUAGAGUGUUGUCUUAAAACCUAAGAGAUCUGGCUCGUUCUCGUUUACCCUAAACCCUUUAUCCAAAAAUGAAUCCUAUUAGCACAUUUUGUCUUAA